AUGAGCUCACCAACCGCUCGACUAGCAGCCAUCAACAUUGGCGGGUCCACGUCUGCAAGUGCGCGCGGAGCUCCGGAGCCUCAUCUCAACAACAAUAAUAGUUUGGAUUCGAGUUUGAGCUCGAAUAUUGAUCAAGAUGCUGACCAUGCUCCUAGAGGAGAUUUCGGCCUCAUCGGCUUGGCCGUUAUGGGUCAGAACCUGAUCCUCAAUGCUGCGGAUCAUGGAUUCAACGUUAUUGCCUUCAACCGUACCGUCUCAAAAGUUGAUCAUUUCCUUGCAAAUGAGGCCAAGGGAAAAUCGAUCGAGGGCGCCCACUCCAUCGAGGAGUUCGUGAGCAAGCUCAAGAAGCCCCGUCGUAUGAUGAUGUUGGUCAUGGCUGGAAAGCCAGUCGACGACUUCAUUGAGACUCUUCUUCCAUUCUGCGAGAAGGGUGAUAUCAUUAUCGACGGUGGUAACUCGCAUUUCCCAGACACCAACCGACGAACAAAGUACUUGGCGGCAAAGGGCAUUCGAUUCGUCGGUUCCGGUGUAUCUGGUGGUGAGGAGGGUGCCAGAUAUGGCCCAUCCAUCAUGCCAGGAGGAAAUGAGGAAGCAUGGCCAUAUAUCAAGGAUAUCUUCCAGGGCAUUUCCGCCAAGAGUGAUGGCGAGGCAUGCUGCGACUGGGUCGGUGACGAGGGUGCUGGUCACUACGUAAAGAUGGUACACAAUGGUAUUGAGUACGGUGACAUGCAAUUGAUUUGCGAGGCAUACGAUAUCAUGAAGCGAGGUCUCGGAAUGCAAGACAAGGAGAUUGGUGAUGUGUUGACCAAAUGGAACAAGGGUGUUCUCGACUCCUUCUUGAUCGAGAUUACUCGUGACAUUAUGUACUUCAACGAUGAUGACGACACUCCUCUUCUCGAGAAGAUCCUCGAUUCUGCUGGACAGAAGGGAACCGGAAAGUGGACCGCCAUCAACGCUCUCGAUCUCGGAAUGCCAGUCACCUUGAUCGCCGAGUCGGUCUUGGCUCGUUGUCUCUCAUCUCUCAAGGGUGAGCGUACUCGUGCCUCUAAGGUUCUCGAGUACGUUGGACGAACCAACAAAUUCGAAGGUGAUAAGCAACAAUUCUUGGACGAUUUGGAGCAAGCUCUUUACGCAUCAAAGAUUAUUUCUUACGCACAGGGUUUCAUGCUUAUGCAAGAGGCUGCCAAGGAGUACAAGUGGAAGCUCAACAAGCCAUCCAUUGCUCUCAUGUGGCGUGGUGGAUGCAUUAUCAGAUCCGUUUUCUUGAAGGAUAUUACCGCCGCUUACCGUGCUGAGCCAGAUCUUGAGAACCUUCUGUUCAAUGAUUUCUUCAAGAAGGCUAUCCACACUGCCCAGCCUGGAUGGAGAGACGUUGUUGCCAAGGCAGCACUUCUCGGUAUCCCAACUCCGGCUUUCUCCACUGCUCUCUCAUGGUUUGAUGGUUACAGAACAAAGGAUCUCCCAGCCAACCUGUUGCAGGCACAGAGAGAUUACUUUGGUGCUCACACCUUCAAGAUCAAGCCAGAGCAUGCCAGCGAGAAGUACCCAGAGGGCAAGGACAUCCACGUCAACUGGACCGGUCGUGGUGGAAAUGUCAGUGCUUCAACAUAUCAAGCAUAA